GAGAUGGAGACCUUUAAUUACAGAGUUAACACUUAUAUUGACUCAUGGAUGGGACCCAGGGAUAUACGGGUUCGAGGAUGGCUACUAUUGGACGACUACAUUCCUACUCUUACCUUUACUAUUAUAUAUCUUCUGAUUGUGUGGAUCGGACCAAAAUACAUGAAGAACAGACAGCCAUACUCGUGCAGAGCUCUGCUAGUGCCGUAUAACCUCGGCCUGGUGCUUCUGUCUCUCUACAUGUUCUAUGAGCUGGUGAUGUCAGUGUAUCAAGGUGGAUACAACUUCUUCUGCCAAAACACCCACAGUGGAGGAGAAGCUGACAACAGGGUGAUGAAUGUCCUCUGGUGGUAUUACUUCUCCAAACCCAUUGAGUUGAUGGACACUUUCUUCUUCAUCCUGAGGAAAAACAACCACCAGAUCACGUUCCUGCACGUGUACCAUCAUUCCACCAUGCUGAACAUCUGGUGGUUUGUCAUGAACUGGGUGCCAUGUGGCCACUCAUAUUUUGGCGCCACGUUUAACAGCUUCAUCCAUGUGUUGAUGUAUUCAUAUAGCGGCCUCUCUGCUGUUCCAGCCUUUAGACCGUAUCUGUGGUGGAAAAAAUACAUCACUCAGGGGCAGCUGAUCCAGUUUGUUCUAACUAUGUUCCAAACAUCUUGUGCUGUGGUUUGGCCGUGUGGUUUUCCAAUGGGCUGGCUGUAUUUCCAGAUCAGUUAUAUGAUCACUCUUAUUUUACUGUUCUCAAACUUCUACUUACAGACCUAUAAGAGACACAGUGGCUCUCGAAAGGCAGAUUACUCUAAUGGAUCAAUAAAUGGCCACUCUAAUGGGGUAACAGCCAGCGAGAAGGUGAAAUACAGGAAACCACACGCAUUUUGAAGACAAUUUAUCCGUAUUUAUGUAAUCUAGCGAUUAAAGUGUUGUAUCAACACAGUAGUAGAGGAGCUAUGUACAAUAUAUCCACUUACCAAGCUAAAGUCAUUUAGUCUUUAAGAGAUUCCUAACAUUUAUGUUGUUAUUCAUAUUGAAUCACAAAAAUAUGGGAACUAGACAACAAUUUGGGUUCUAGUGAGCACAUUUCUCAGGCUUCUAGAGUAGUCUUGUUUUAUUAAAUUAUAAAGAGGCUAACCAUAUUAAUGUACUUAUCUGCACUGGUGUCUUAAAUAAGAUUGUUGUUUGUAGACGUAAAGGAAAAGAGAAUGUAUCAGAGGAACUUAACAAUACUGACAGGAGUAUGCCACACUUAUAGAGCAGUAUUAUACACAUUAGUUACAUACAAUACAGCAUUUCUUUAGACUGAGCAGUUUGUCUUAGAGUCAUUAGAAGAUACAGAGAUACAGUAUAUAUAACAAUUUAUAUUUAUAACCAUAUUUGCUUUAAUACACUGAGGCUAAAAAAUAUGGGAGCUAAUUAUAUAAACCUAUUUUAGUCGCUUUUAUUGACUAUUAAUUACUUCGAUUUACAGUAGAACAUUCGUAAGCAAUUUUUUUUUUCUUUUUUUCCCCCAAAAUGCUAAGACUAUAGCAUUAUUAAUUUGUCAUUCAUUUCAUUAAAAUGUUAAUUAUAAGUGUUAGCUAUAGUGGUGUACUCUGUCAGUGAAUGUCACGAAAAUAUAUCCAGGUCAUUAUUUCACACAAAAUCAAAAUAAAAAGAUUAAUGAAUUUACAGUUUGCAUAAAUAAAAUGAAGGCUAUUUUGGGACUAUUAAUAUAUUUAUUUAUUUAUUUAUUAUUAUUUUUUUGCAUUGUAACAAUAUUUUCAUAAAAAUUAACCACAUUUUCUUCAUAAAUUCUUUUUAUCAUUAUGCAUUUAGACCUUUGUUUUUGUAAUUCUCAUUGUUCUCGAUGAUGAUUCUCAUUAGAUUUUUAUUACUGUAAAUGUCAUUUUUACCCUUUUUUAUUCUUUAAUCAGAAUUAAAGACAAUGCAAUCAGUACUACCAUAAUGUGUGAAUAUUUCACAAUUUAAAUAACAUAUAUUUUAUUUGCAUUACAGUAAUGAGAAUGAGAUUGUUUUUUUCAUUACAGUAAUAAGAAUUUGAAGGAAAAUGUGCAGUCAAUAAAAAUAAUGACAAUAAUGACACAAAGCAAAAAAGCCUUUAUAGUCCUAAAAUAUGCAUCAUUUUGUUCAGUAAAAUGUAAUUUUUUAUUUCUUUUCUUUUGAUUUUGGGGUGAGAUUUACCCAUGUAGCCAUGUGCAUGCAUUGGAGAAUUAAUAAAAAAGACAACACUCAAAUUACAAAUAUAGUAUUAUUUGUUGUAUAUGAUGGUGUUAGCAUAGACUGUAUUGGAAAUAUUUCUUGCAUGCUUUGCGAUGUAUGACAUCAGUGUUUGGCUCAAACCUCGACUAAAGCAUCUUUAUCUCCACCACCAUUUCGGUCACAGUGUCGGGCUAUUGUCUGAUGAAUGCUUUUUAAUGACCUACUGUAGUGUCGUAUAAACAUCUGAUUGCAGCAUAUAUAAAGUCAUAUAUACAGAUCUCCAGUGUUAAAGUGAAUUAUCUAAUGUAACAGCAUCUUUGAGCUCAGUAACCUGUGAAUACAGUAGCUGUUGUGCUUAUUUCCUGGUGUCAGAAUGUGUUGUAAUGAAUCAUCACUUUAGUGGGUCGCUUUAACUUUUAUCUUCUCCCAGACACCGAAAAAGGAAAUAAGUGCUGAUGCUGUAAUGACAAAGCACUUUAUGAACAAUGUCACUUUCCCUUUUACUUCCUUAAAGCUACUGUAAUUGGUGCCUGAGAAAUUGUGUCACUCAAGAAAACAGUCAUCUAUGUUGGGGGUAACAGUUGGGUCCCCAAUAUGAAUAUUGAGGAAUAAAAACUCAGACUCAGGUUUGCAAUCAGUUAAGAGAGAGUUUACUGAUUGUUCUCUGCAGUUCCAAUUUUACAUCACAAGUCAAUGGGAUCCAGUAGUUCAGUAAUACAGAAGAAAAAGAAGAAGCCUACACUGUAAAAAAAAAAACUGUUUUACUUUAUAAGGUAUUUGUUAGUCACCGUAGUAACUACAGAAGAGCACAUGAUGACAUGAUACUCUCUUGUUAAACAUAAUGUAAAUGUUUUUUUUUUUACCAUUAAUUAUACAGGAAAAUCACAUUUUUCAAUCUAAAAAAUUUAAUUUUUACAACAUUUUAUUGUAAAAACUACUGUAUUGUUUUUUAAAAUAUAUUACAAUUUUUUACUGUAUAUUUUAGUUAAUAUUCGUUAAUCAAUUAACAUUUUAUUUCUGUAGCAUUUUUACAGUCUUUUACUGUUAAAAUUACAGACAUUUUUUACAGUGUACUUUCAAAAACAUUCACAAGCAAUUAUAAUCAUAUGCAAAUGUAAUUAGAGGUGUCACAGUACAACACUUACUGAGAUUAUGUUAGGUCACUUACUUCAAACAUCUUAGCACUUUACAAAUAUGGUCUGGUUCCACCUUUGUGCAAACAAUCAUUAGGUAGCCAUAACAUUAAUCAGUUCCCAUCAUUGGUUUUUACAGAAAUUAUGUGCAGAUGUCACAAGUUAUAGCGAUACGUUAUGACCACUACCUCUCUUCAUCAAGAAAGUACCAAGUAGGGCAACUAAAAUCCUUGAGGUUUUUGACUCUGGCAGUCACGUGUCAUAGGACACCAUAAACAAUCCAAACACUGAAUGAUUUAGACACUGCAACAGGUAGGCGCUAUCUCCCUAGGAAGGGAGUCUUUCUCCCUAAUCUUUGAUGGAAUGCAGGGCCUCUCGUCAUCUGUGGAAAAUUAGGAUAGAGCCAGGAGAAAAACAGAACACGCACACAGUCACUUAAUAUGACAAUAUAACCAUAUCAUAACUAAAAUCUCUCUCUCAUACAAUUACUAAUGAUUGAAUUAAAAUAGAAUCAAAUGGUUAUAGAAUAGCUGAUUAAUUAUGUAAUAAUUAUAACAGAUAUAUAUUUUUGUGAAUAAAUGCAGUCAAUAUAAAUGCAUAUCCUCCAGGAGCCGGAUUAAAUGAAUAAUCACUGUUAUUGCAUUCCUGAUAUAAAUCAGACCCUCAGUCACCCCACAGAUGACAUACAUGUUACUUGCACCUCAUUGUAAAAGAAAAAUUGAAAAUUGAUAAAUAUAAUGAGUAUAAAUGAGGAUUAUAAAAGAUGAGAUAUAACUCGUAAGAGUAAAAGUAUAUUCAAAUAUUAACCCCUUCACUCCCCCCUUUUUAGACCGGUGUGGGGAUCUAAAAUCAAACCCUUCACAACCCCCUUUUUGCCUAAAUGACUACUCUAUUGUGGUCUAGGCAAAAUCUCUUAAUAUAAAUUCUAAAUACCGAUUCUAUGGGAAAAGCAAGCAAUACUCAUGAACAUAUCUGUAAAACAAAACAAAACAAAUAAAAAAACCUUACACUUGGAGUGUUAUCACCUUCUCAAUUCUUUAACAAAUUGGUCUAGACAUUUUUUUAUUUAUUAGUCAGUUUCACCUUUUUACUCAUUUCUCUUUCCCAUUUCUCAAACAAUUCUAUUUAAAUUGUUAUUAACUGUAAACUAGUCUUUAAAAACAAACAAACAAAACAAGUCACCACUGUUUUUUUAAUGUUUUAUCAUUACUAUUAAAAACAUAUAUAAGUUCAAUAAAAGUAUAAUAAAUAAUAAUAAAUCAUCUUUCAAUGUUAAUUAUUUAUCAUACAAACAUUCCAAGGUUUGUUUAAUACUUACAGUCUGCUAAGUCAGGCACUCCUAAAUCUGCAACAAUUCUCAAAAGUUUACCCCCAAUACAAAUCUAUAAAUAAUAAUCUUGUACACAGGGUAUGAACCCUUGAUGGCACAGUGACAGAUUUUUUGGUAUUUAACACUGUGAUAAGUUGUUUUAGUAAAGCGGUUAUUAAAAUGCAGUUGGGUUGAAUGGAACUCACAGUUUUUGGGCAGAUUCCUGUAGACCUCCCGUUUGAUGCUUCUGGCCUAAAAGCAUCGAUCCACUUAUAUCACACCUCCCUUCUUUGGCAGGUUUACAGGGCGGUGAUACCUGCCUUAGGUUGCCCCCAUUUUGGCCAUUGGAGAGUCUUACCCAUCAUUGGGUCAUCACCUCUUGCCACUGGGUUACCACUUUGUUCCCUCUGGCAAUCUCUGAUAAUUUGGUAUUAGUAAACAGAUAAACUCUUUUGUUUCGGGGAGUAUCAUUUGAGAACCGUCACAGCAAAUGGAACCAUCUACAACUGCUUAAAUAUGGAGACAUUUCAAAACAUGGUUAAAUUCACACAGCAUUAUUCAGAAUGUAACAAUCUAUUAUAAUUGUCCAAAUUAAACAUGAAAUAACAAUGCUAAAAUUGAACUCAUUUACAGAGCAUACAUUUCCAUUCAGGUUGUAUUUCUGCUACUUUAGCAAAUGUCACAAAAGACCAUGUAUCAUGGUGGGGACUAACAUCAGACCAUAAUUUAUAUAAUUUUGAACAAGUUUGUCAUAACUAGAAUAUAACAUCUGUGAAGCUUCUAGGAAGCUUCAUUUAAAAACAUCACCUUAAUUCAAUCAUAGUCCAGACUGUUUUGAACCUACAUUAAGUGUGUCAGGUCAACCUUUCAACAGAAUAUCUUAUCUUUAGUAUAAAUUCUUAAAUUCAAAUUGUCCUCUGAAUACACAAAAUCUUUAACUAUGAUGAGGAAAACUGUAGCUUUACCUUUAACUUUCAACUCUUUAGUAAAAAAACAAAAACAAACUUUGCGUUUCUUUUCAAGCAGAGCUUUAAACUCCUCAUUCCUAUCUUUUAGCCUGUGUCAUCUUAUUGUUAACAUAUUACAAUCCUUUUUUAAAAUCUAUUAUAAUUAUUAUUAAGUCAAUGAAAUCUCUUAGUACUCCUUUCAGCAUUUUUUUGCUCUUUCUCAGGAGAAGGAACUUCUAUUCUAUCAGAAAAAAUAACAUAAAUCACCUAAAAAAAAGGGUAUAUAGAAGUUAAAACAGAAGAAAGUAGUAAAGAGGCACAAUGAGAAUUCAAACAAAUCUCUUUUCUUGUGUUUUGAAAUAACUGAUCAGUAAAAUACUCUACGUCCUUUUAAUUUCUCAUGUCUCUUAUAUGAUGAGAAGUGUUGUCAACUUUUUGUUAGAACAUUUGCUUGAACAUUUUAUUCUCAUCACUCAUUUUUAUACCCUAAUAUUUAUACAACCUACUGUACAUUCUAUAUAUACUAUAUAUAUACUUUUUUUUACUGAAUAAUGUGUAUCUAUAUUGUGUGUAUGUAGGUGUGUGUGUAUGUGUGUGUGUGUGUGUGUGUGUGUGUGUGUGUGUGUCUGUGUGUGUUGUGUCUGUGUAUGUUGUGUAUGUGUGUGUGUAUGUGUGUAUGUGCACUUUAUUACUCUUAUAUCUCACACCGGACUGUCAUAAAUUAUGUUAUUAUUAUAUUAUAUUCUCUCUUAACAACUGACUAUCAACCGACAGCCUGAAUGUCAAUACAGUACAAUACUGUACAUUCUAUAUAUAUAUACUUUUUUAUAUAUUUUUAUUUUUUAUUUUUAUUGAAUAAUGUGUAUCUAUAUAGUGCGUAUUGUAUACUGUACAGUGUAUGUUAUUAUUUGUAUAUUGUGUUGUGUGUAAUUAUGUGUAUAUUAGACUUUAAAUUGUGUUGUGUUAAUUUGAUGUUAUUGUAAAUUGGUAUAUGUCUCAUCACUGUCACGACUGCUAUGUUGAUCGGAACUGCACCCAAGAAUUUCAC